AUGGCAGCGCCUGCAUCAAACACGAAGACUCGCACAGCGACUACUUGUAGAACCUACUUUGCCUGCUUGGUAUUCUGGGCCAUCUUGGGCGCCUGCGGUGCGAUCGGACACCAAGCUGCUGCGAAGGCGGCAGAUGCGAAAGGCGGUUAUUUCGAGCUUUGCCCAAAAGGACACAGAACGGGGGCCCUGGCGCUGGAAACCACAGCGCGCCAGGUGCUUCCAAGGAGGUCGUUCGGCUCGCCAGCCUCCGCGUGCGAGCGUGGAGCUGGUGUCAUAGUCUGGCGAGGGGAUGGGUCCUCCUUCUGCUGCCCUGCUGCUGCUGGAUGGUGUGGAGGGUGCGCCGAAGCAAACGACAAGGAAGACGCUUGUGGGAAAUGCUUGGGUGGCUGGGUGUUGGAGCGUGGGUAUUGCACCGCCUGCAUGGAUUUCCCCGGGUGGCACGAUGCGAAAGGGAGGAACUGUUAUGCCGCCGGAUGCAGCAAAGACCGCUUCCAGGGAUCCUCAUCAGCCAUGGCGUGCUGCAGCUGCGGUGGGGGCCUGCGGCAAGCCACCAGGUUUGGAUACUACACGGAAUCUCGCCUCAGACACAAGGAACCCUGCAGGCAACCCAAGGAGUCAGAUCCGUUAAGCUCUCCCACCCCUCCCACCUUUCGGGUCACCCCUCCCGGUAACAUGGAAAUCCGCCCCGGUCCCGAGGAGCCCCUCCUCAUCGGCCACAGCGCCGUGACCGGCCGUCCACUUCCACGCACAGCGUCGCACUACUCUGUCGAUAGCGGCUGCGAACUCCUAAAUUUCAACCUGACGAUCAACAGCACGAGCGGUGAGCUCCAAUUGCAAGAAGGCUGCGAAACCGUCGGUUGCGGACGUGCCCUUCAAGACUUCCAGGUGCUUUGCAGGAUCACGGCCCACCAAGGCGGAUUGGAAGCUUCGGCCAGGAUGCACAUCACUGCUUCCAACUUCCUCGUUUACGAGAACACAGCACUCGUCGUCACUGGGGAAAAGAGUUUUCCGGCUCUUGCGAGCCCAGAAGUGAAGCUCAACGACUUGACGCUGGCCUGCUUGCCCGUGCAAUCACCCCACGAUGGGAAGCCAUCUCCGUGGCAGCUGGCCAGUGACGGCAGCCUCCACAUCGAUGCUUCGCAAGCGAGCAUCGCCGGCCUCACGGAUUUGACGCUGCCCUACUUGUCUUCAGCACCAGGAGGCCUGUGCCAGGUUCGCAACGCAACAAGGCACACUGUUGCUAUCCCGGUCCUGCUUCCUAAGACCUGGACGUCGAUUUCGUACCCCUUUGAGAGCGUUUUUGUGGCGCCCGGCACCACUUUCGGCCCUGCCAUGAACCCUCACGGCCAUGACAACGGCGAGCAAGGCUGUGUGGCCCCAUCCCGGUAUUCUGCAUCCUGCACGGCUCCUGGAGUGGAGAUUGUUUUCGACGAGUUGACGGGCGUGGUGUCCGCAUUUGGUUUCAGUCUUUUUCGUUUGGACACGCAGACAGGUUCGAUCGAUGUGUCUCCUGAACAAGAUGCAUCUCAGCUUUUCGAUGACUUGCAGUCGCAGAGCCAUCGUGGCCUCCUGGAAGUGUCCUGCACGGUCAUGGGUCUUUUCGAGCCUCGGCAACCAUUGGGUGCGUGGAGUGGCAAGUCGGCGUGCCGGUGGUUCCUGUCCAUGGCAAGGCGGGAUUUCCUGGUGCAAUGUGCUAAUGCAGUCACGGUCUACCUACAAGACCUUACCUGCUGGAAGGACACGCAGCUCCACGGCCGGGCAGUGCAGGACUGCAGGAGUCGUCCCUCGGAGCCGGUGAGUGCCGUCGAGCCUGCCGCGCAGAUGUACGCUGCGCAGCCUACGCGUGGAAAGCACCAGCGGAGUGCUUGUUCCUGUCUCCCUGUGGCCCACAUCCCGUCAAAGACUGCCGACAGUAUUCAGCGUUUCAGGUUUACGAAGAUCCCCAACUGCAGCGUGGAGAACACUUGCCUGAAUCUUACAGGCUCAGAUCCUGCUUGGCUCUAUAGUGGAGUCUUCUGCCCGGUGGCGUACGAGAGGGCCGCUGACCCCUCCAACAGCUGGAUCUUUCAGAAGACUGCAGUGACUCCCCAGGACGUGUUCUACCUGGCGCCGGAGACCGACGACUCUCUCGAGAAGUGCAAUGGGGGAUUAUUCUUGACGAGGAGCAACAUUAGCUGGGACUUCGAGAACUCCAGCUCCGAGUACAUGGAACUCUUCGGAGAGCACUUGGCUUGCCUCACUGCGGAGGUGCCUCACAGCAUUGUCCAGGCGACUUUCCACAAGGGCAGACAAAAGCUGCUGAUUGUGGACAACAAGACAGACAUCGGCAGCGGUCACGCGGCGGUCCAACAUGCGCAAUCCUGCGAGGCACCGGAACUUCCCGAAGAACUUCUGCAGAUCGAUGAUCCCAGCACGAAGACUGCCAUGGACUUCAGCCUGCAUGCUUGCGACUGCUUCCCCGAGGGCUGGAAGGACAAGCCUGUGACAUCCUCGAGCUUCACAUCUGUGCCGCCUGGAAGUGGAAACCAGUACGUACCAUCAGCCAUCGAGAUUGCACGCGGCGCAUUGACCUGUGACCAAGCAUCCUUGCUUGCCAAGUACAUCAUGCCCCAAGCAGCUUCGACCUAUGAAGACUGCCACUUUGCCUGCCAGCUGGAGCCGCAGUGCUUGUUCUUUUGGGCUGGCCUUUCGGCUGCCGUCGAGCAGUGUCGGCUCUAUUCUGGUUGCCAGGCCUUGCUCACAGAACCAGGAUCGAGAGGUAUGUUGGCUGCGAGAGCGCCUUCUACAACGCUCUGCCGCAGAGCCGAUCCCUCGAAAUGCUGGGCGACCAUUAGACGAAAUUAUUUGCACGCCGACACGGACAGGGGCCAGGCCAUUUCGUGCCUGCACAAAGACUUAAUGGAGCAAUGUGAUAUGGAUCAAAUGGUUGGGGGCUUGGGAGUGGAAGAGUGCUUUCGAUGCCAAUACGCCGAGACUACUGGCACCUGGAAGAGAAAGCGCCCGCUGCCGCAGACGUUCUCUCCCGGCUCCGAAUUGGGCAUCUCCUGUUGGUCGGACCGCUACGCGGCUGUGACGCCGUCCCUGCCUGGAAAGCUCGACGCUUGGGAUGCCAAGAGUCCACCCGAAAAGAACAUGUUGUUCAGUGUGUGCUUCAUGUGUGAUGGUUGUGUUCCCGAGUCAGGAAGAAGAGUACACGAUUACAUGCUCUGGGGGCAGCUGGUGGGGGCCCAGCAAAGAGCCAGGACUCAGUGGUCUCGCCUGCGGCUAUUGCGUUCAGGCACAGGGCUGUAA